GGGGGAGGGGGAGGGGGUUCACAUCAGCGAAACCAUGGCCCAGGCUCGGGCCUACACCUUCCCCAACCACAGGAAGAAGAAGCAGCAGAAGGAGGAGGAGAAGAAGAAGGUGGUGGAGCUGCUGGUUUUUGGCUACGCCUGCAAACUGUUCCGGGAGGAUGACAAGGCCCAGUUCCACGAGCAAGGCAAGCACCUCAUCCCCUGGAUGGGAGACCCGGCCCUCCUCAUCGAUAGGUAUGAUUGUCGGGGUCACUUACAUGACCUCUCAGAAUGCGAUGCUGAGUACACUUGGAACAGAGAUUAUCAGUUAUCGGAAGAAGAAGCGAGGAUUGAUGCUCUUUGCGAUGAAGAGAGGUAUUUAGCCUUGCAUACGGACUUGCUUGAGGAGGAGGCAAGGCAAGAGGAAGAAUAUAGACGUCUGAAUGAGGCUUUAGCAGAGGAUGGCAUCUAUAGUGCAGUUGGAUUUGCUUAUAACAGUGAUUAUUAUGAUCCAUCACAACCAACAGAAGAGGAAGAACUCACCAAAACGGAUGUUGAGAGUGAUGAUAACGCAGAAGAGAAUGAGGAGCCAUACACUGCUCCUUCUGGGCUACUUGUCCCCUCUGACGUAGAAGUUCCUGCAACAUCCAAAAUGCAUGCCAUCAUUGAGCGCACGGCAAAAUUUGUCUGCAAGCAGGGCACACAGUUUGAAAUCAUGCUUAAAGCUAAACAAGCCCAGAAUUCACAAUUUGAUUUUCUGCGUUUUGAUCACUACCUGAAUCCAUACUAUAAGCACAUUCUCAAAACCAUGAAAGAUGGGAAAUAUGUUGUUCAGACAGAAAAAAGAUUUGAAGAGAAAAGGAAAUCUGUAACAGAAUCGGGUGAAGAUGAUGAUGAUGACAAUGAUGGCUGUUACCUCCAUCCCAGUCUUUUUGCUUCUAAAAGUAACUCCAGAUUGGAAGAACUGACUAGGCCUCUGAAAGUAAUGGAUCCAGACCAUCCUCUUGCAGCUUUAGUGCGCAGAGUACAAGCAGAUGCCAAAAAUGUGCAAAAACAGCAAGAAUCUGACAGCUCAGAAGCAGUAGCAGCAGCAGUAGAAUACACUGCUGCAGAUUCAGCAGUGACAGCCAUGUAUUAUGGAUAUUACAUGAUGCCUGACGGUACAUACUGCUUAACGCCACCACCUCCAGGAAUGGAAGUUUCUGGUUAUUAUAGCGCCUUGCCUUCAGAGAUGGCUGUGCCAACUACAACUGGGACAUCUGUAACUCCAUCUUCUGGAACUACACCUCCACCACACUCAGAGGGUGACAACAGUAAUAUCCAGGUCCCUUCUACAACCACAGUCAGUGCCCCGACUGUCGUUCCUGUUAUUAUUCCCCCUCCACCUGAUAUCCAACCAGUCAUUGACAAGCUAGCCGAGUAUGUAGCCAGGAAUGGAACCAAAUUUGAAACAAGUGUAAGAGACAAGAAUGAUACACGGUUUGAGUUUCUCCAGCCCUGGCAUCAGUACAAUGCGUAUUAUGAGUUCAAGAAGCAGUACUUCUCUCAAAAGGAAGGGUGCAGUAUUCCACAGGAGUCUGUGGCAUCAAGUACUCUCAUAUGUUCUGAAAGCAACACUACAGAUGUCUUACAGUUUGAAGUACAGCAGGAAGUGACCAGUACAAGUGUAUCAAAUGCAAUGAUAUCCCAAACAGACUGCACCAGUUCUACUGAUAAGCCUGUUAAUGAUGGGAAGCUAGUAAAAGCAUCUUUUGCCCCGAUAAGUUUUGCAAUUAAAGCAAAAGAAAAUGACAUGCUCCCUCUUGAGAAAAAGCGAGUAAAACUUGACGAUGAUAGUGAUGAGGAUCGUGAUGCACAGGAAACUUCCAACAUUGAUUCAACCAAAGAAAUGGCUUCCACCCUCCCUCCAGAGGAGAAGAAACCGCAGCUUACUGCAGAAGAAAUUGAGGCAAAGCAUGCUAAGCAGAAGCUGGAGGACAGACUAGCAGCAGCAGCAAGGGAGAAGCUUGCACAGGCUUCGAAAGAGUGCAAGGAAAGGCAGCUGCAGGCGGAACGCAAAAAGAGAGCAGCACUUUUUCUUCAAAAUCUGAAAACUCCCACGCCCUCUGGAGAUUUGGAAACUGUAACCUUGGAAGAAAGCUCCCAGAGCAUACAGAUUGACAACACUGAAGUGUUUUCCGCUAAAUUUCAUCAAAGACUCAUCAAAAAGAUAAAUCCAGAUGUGGGAUGCCGUUCAGCCCAUCUAGUUCAUCCUUCCGUAGAAACCUGCCGUCCUUCUAAUGCAACAUCUAACUGUCUCCUGAAUGAUUCCAGAGAUUAUGCCUCUACUACCCUGCCCAGAAGAUCAAUUCAGGUUGCCAGUGAAAUUUCUCAGAAAAUUGCCUCCGCGACAGAAGCCAAUACAUCUCAACAGAUUUUGACAAAAAGUGCAAGAUCUUCAAAAGAUAAAGAAAAGAAGAAAGAGAAGAAGCACAGGAAGAAGUCUCGUUCCAGAUCUCGGUCACGUCCCAGAUACCGAUUGAGGUCAAGAUCAAAAUCAAAAUCGAGAUCGCGGUCAAGGUCGCGGUCAAAAGCGAAACACUCUCUGCCUAGUGCCUAUAGAAGUGUCAGACAUUCAAGAUCAAGAUCGCCUCAUGGAAGAAGAGUUCCGUCUUCAGAAAGACGGCGGGAUGAGAGAGAGAGAGACAGAAAUGUUCCCAGUGCCUACCGUGUUGGUAACAGUUCAGGCAUAAGCAGCAGAAAGAGAUCACGGUCUCCAUAUGAAAAGAAGAAGAAAAAGAGUUCAAAAUCUCAUCCCAAGUUAAAAGGAAAAACUUUCCGUUCACGCUCGCGAUCUUUAUCACCGAAAAAGUCAAGUAUGAAGUCUUCAGCAAGAAGUUCAGCACAUUCGACCAGUUUGUCUCCAGCAGAGAGCAGAGGUUCCAGUCAAGAUCAUUCAAGGGGCGGCUCUCAGGAAAAGGAUGAAACAGCAUCUCCAGAACUGCUAUCCACAAUGCAGAGUAAAAUAACUCAGGAUCUAAUGGCCAAAGUGAGAGAAAUGCUGGCUUCUUCAAAAGAUGUACAAACCAAUGUGUCCUGAACAAAAACACAAACAGGCCCUCCAGGAACAUGAGGAUCCGAAGUGGCUUCACAAGAAGCUUGAACUGCCUUGUUGCAAGAACGAAUUUAUUUGGACGAUUUGGGCAGUAUUCCAUUUGGCAAAAACUGUUUUGUAUAGCUCAUUUUGAUAAGUACAGUUUGAACUGAGAUCUUAUUCCGUUGUUACUGUUUUGCAAUUUCUCCCUCCUGUUCUUGAACACAACAAACUCCAUGUGCUCUGGGUCAUCAGAAUUUCCAACAACAUCUCUGAAAAUUUGAUGGUGCACUUUGUAUUGAGCACCAGAAACUAGCUGCCUACAAUCAUUUGUGAUUACCAGACAGGAGCUUAGCUUAUCCUUCUGUGAAGGAGUUUUACUACUUGAUUUCUACAAAGAUGAGGUAACAUCUCAUUUUGUAAAUUUGAGGAGUUCUCUAGAUGUAAGUCUUUGAUAGCAACUGUUUGGGGUUUCAGCCUUGGAACAGGAUGCACAGACUAGUCUUGAAGACCAGUAGAAGCACGGCAGAACAUACUAUCCACAUUACUUAUGAUACAAUGUGUAUCAGCCAUUUUUGAAAAACAUUGCAUUUAUUUAAACUGCUACAUAUAAAUUUACUUUGAAUUUACACCCUAAAUAUGGUGUGAGAGGGCUCCAGUAAAGUUUUCAACCACAGUGAUGCAAAUCUGUUGAAAUAUUAAAGGUAAUUUAUUUGUUUAGAAUAAUGGUUAAAGAUUUAUUUGUAAAAUGCGCUCUAAUGUUUCACCUACUUGAAAAAGUCAUUUUCAAGUUAGGGCUCAAUUGGUAUUUUGUGUUUUAAAAAGUGGUUAUUCUGGCAUAGUCACAGCUUAUUAAUUCACUGUCCUGCCAUUUUGAUGCUUUUACAGUUCUCUUCCGCUAUGCACAGUUGCAGCAAUGCCACCUGAUACAAGUUUGGAGGAAAAAUUGGUUUCUGACAGGAUAAACAUGAUUUAAAUUAUUUCAUGUUUGGUCAAGCUAAAACAGUUAAUGUUUCACUCACUCUUGCACAGCCUUGAUGUUACCCUCUGUUUAUUUGGACUACAUUUUCAGCUAAUGGAAACUCAAUGCUCUGUGUUCAGUAGGGCAGGAUCUGAGUGACUGGAAAUCUGUACAAUCAGUGUUACAUCCAUGCCACUUGCCUCAGUCUACUAUCCAGUGAAUCUGUUAACUGCAUAAACCACGACAGCAACACAACAUUGUAUUUAUUUUUUAAGGGUGCUUGAUUUGUUUUUGGUUUGGUUUAUUGUCUGCCACAUCAUUUGGGAAGAUACAGCAAUGCCUGUCUCUGAGAAUAUUAAGCUAGUAAUAUAUAUAUUGCACCCCUUUGUAGCGAUUUGAAGAUUUCUUUCACCUCAGGCAUCAGUUUCUUUGUUCCAUCAAAACCUGGGAGUGCUCUGGGUACUAAUAUAGUAGAUCCAUAUAAAUUUUCAAGACUAUUUUCUGAUCUGGUUCAGUUUCCUUUAAUUUGUUUCUUGUCAUACCCAUUCUUUUUGUUAAAAUCUUUCCAGGUGCCUCUGCUAUCACUAAUGUCUACGUUUGGGUUUCUAAGUGAUUACACUGUUGAUUGUAUGAUGUUUUUGACAACCCUUUUGAAGAAAGUUACAGAACAAGCUCCCAUUUCAGUUACAAGAGGUAAUCAGGGAAAGUUGAGACCUGCAGGUAAGAGAAACUAAGAUUGUAUCACAUUUUUAUGCUUGCAAGAAAGUAGAAAAACUAAAGGACCAAUUAUAUUCCUCCUUGCACUGCAAAAUAAAUUCAGUGCAUCACUGAGGAAGUAUCCAAAGUCGUGCGCAUGGUUCUUUGUGGUACUGUAGGAGUGGGCAGUGGGUUGGCACAGCUCCAGUACUCUGGGUACUAAUAUAGUAGAUUUUUACAAUCAAUCCAUUAGUAUAAUUUCUUCAACUCAAUUCAAACCUAAUAACUGAACUACAAUUGUAUCGCCCUGAUACUAGUCUCAUGGUAUUUAAAACCAUAUACAAAACUGUAUACAAGAAAUUUUCUGGGCCAGCUUUAAAGUUGGACACACAGUAUAACAUAUUUAAACCUUUGUGGAAUUGAUAUGAGCGUAGUUAGCUCCUGAAGUUUUGUAAUUCCCAUAUUUCAGCUCACUGAAUAAAGAGGGUGAAUGUAUCAGUGAGUUAGUGAAACAAAUGUUAACAUUAGGGCCCAAGAAGAGCCUAAUGGCACAGUUUCAGUCAAGAUUUAUUGAUCUAUCUAUGAAUGCCUAUAAUUCUUAAGAUACAGUUCUUUAGCUAUCUGAGGCAAGGGUGAGAGAAAACAGGAUCCUGCAAAUUAUCUGAAGAGAGAUUUUCUCACCGAACAACGUUCCACAGCAUGAUUGCUCUGAUGGAAAGGGAGAGAAUGGAAAGCAAGUAGUACCGAUCUCUAGUUUGAAAGGGAGUUCAAGAUAGGAUGGCAUACCUUGUCUUCUAGUUUAUGAAGAUUAUUCAAAGGAUGAAGAAUAGUGUGUCAGAGGUGAGUUACCAGUCUUUGCAUAAAAUUUGGGAGGAACUACAGAGUCAUUCAAAUUGUAUGUUGAUGGCAGUGCAGCAUAUGUCGUCAUCUCAAAAUUUGUACCUAAUCCAUUGCCAUAGCCCUAGUCAUGUUCUGUACUCAGACCGCUGAAAGACUUGGUUUUAUUAAAAGAUUGAAAUUGAAUUGCAUAUUUUUAAAAGUAAAGAAUUCAAUUUUUGAAUCUGCAGACUGUGAUUAGUAUAUUUAUUGACAGGAUUUUCAUUUAAAGAUCAAAGGUUAUGGAUAAAUAAUUAUUCAUUUGUUUCUCUGUACAUGCUGCAACAGUAUUAUCAUCUCUGCUUAUUCAGAAGUAUUAGGGAUCUCAAAACAGUUGUAUUUGGUUAUUGACUCAUGGGACGUGUAAAGUAUUUAUCAAAGAUUCACUCUCUUUAUACCCACUCAUUCCUUCAAUAUCAUACUCUCAGCCUUUUUAAGUUUCUUUUGUGUUUCAUUAAUAUACUGUAAGGAGAAAAUUCCGAUGGGGUUUCCUGUUGAUGCUGAUGCGCAUUAGCAACGAGGUUUAUUCUGCUAGGAGUAAAAUUCAUGACAGAGUGCUUUUGUACCUGUUAGUCUUGUUAGGGUGAAAUAUUCUGAUCUCUGACUUCAACAGAACUGAACCCAGGAUCACGUUAAAAGUGAUCAGUUUCAUUCCAAUACCAUGUGCUUUAUGAUUUCAUUGUUAAAUUUAUCGAUGUAUUAACAAGCUUGAGCUAUUUCUGUUAUGAUUUUUGCUGUCAAACUUUUGGAUGAGUCCGUCAGGGAAGUUGCAAAAUAAUUUGACUUUUUCGUUAUAAACAGUCCAGAAGCAACCUCCCAAUUUAAAGUAUCAUUGAUUGAAGAUGGAGUCCUUCAAUGUGAGGGGUUCUAUGCCUGUGCGAUUCACACAAGUAUUGUUUCAAGUUUAUCAUUCAAUAAUGUACAUAACUUCUAGCACUUUGAAUGAGUUAAAAAAUUCCUGUGGCAUCAGUAUCUCAGAGCAUUGUGGCAGCCAUGAACACCAAAGCAAACGCCACCCUUUUCAAGGAGAAGGUGAAAGAUUGUGAGCAGAACCACAUGUGCACGUGGCGGUAAAAAAUAUCUGUAUGAAAGGGAGAAGAGAAUUUGCAUUUGAUAGCACCUUAUCACAUCUCAAAUGCCCGAAGCAUUUCAUGUAAUGAAAUGGGGUCAGUUUUAUAUGCAAAUGUAGCAGCCAGUUGCGCACAGCAAUAAGAUGAAUACCCAGUUAAUCUGUUUAAACGGCUUGCAACUUGAAAGAUGUGUUACAGCCUUACUCCAUAUGUAAUGUUCUGUACUUGCCCUUGAAUUAUCUGUUACUGAGUUAUGUUUCCUAUAGAUCUGCUUCUCCUCUUCCUUUCACCUUCCCCACCCCAGCCCCCAUUUGUGGUUGCAUAAUGCAAUAUGAGGUUUGGAGCCCUAUAAAAGAUGGGUGUACUUUAAAAAAAAUUGUAAAUAAAUGACUUUUAUUAACUUUC